AAUUGCUAGAGUCCUGGAGAAGAUGUCGGUGCUAAACUGUUCUACCAAAUUACUGAUACUGGAAAAAAUGCUGAAGAGUCACUUUCCUGAGUCACUCAAGGUUUAUGGAGCUGUGAUGAACAUAAAUCGUGGGAAUCCCUUUCAAAAGGAAGUGGUAGUGGAUUCAUGGCCAGACUUCAAAGCUGUUAUCACCCGGCGACAGAAAGAGGCUGAGAUGGAUAACCUGGACCAUUAUACUAAUGCCUAUGCUGUGUUCUACAAGGAUAUCAGGGCUUACCGACGGCUGUUGGAAGAACAUGAUGUUAUCAACUGGAAUCAAGUUUUUCAAAUACAAGGGCUGCAGAGUGAAUUAUAUGAUGUUUCCAAAGCUGUUGCCAACUCAAAGCAGUUAGAUGUAAAGCUAACCUCCUUCAAGGCCGUUCAUUUUUCUCCUCUUUCAACUCUGCCGAACACCAGUUCCCUAAUGGGUUCUUCCCCACAACUGACUUACCUGAGUGUUGCUGACGCUGAUCUUCUCAACAGGACUUGGUCGCGGGGUGGCAAUGAACAGUGUCUCCGGUACAUCGUGAACCUCAUCUCUUGCUUCCCCAGUGUAUGUGUCCGCGAUGACAAGGGAAACCCAGUCUCUUGGUCUCUCACAGAUCAGUUUGCCACCAUGUGCCAUGGCUAUACCUUGCCAGAGCAUCGCAGAAAAGGUUAUUGCAAGCUGGUGGCCCUCACACUGGCCAGGAAGUUACAAAGCCAGGGGUUCCCCUCUCAGGGUAAUGUCCUGGAUGACAACGUGGCAUCCAUAAGCCUCCUGAAGAGUGUCCAUGCUGAGUUCUUGCCUUGUCGUUUUCAUAGGCUUAUUCUCACCCCUGCAGCUUUCUCUGGUCAAAUUUACCUGUAGCCCAUUGAAACUCCAGGAAUUUUCUUCCUUUCCCUGAACACAGAUAUUCCCAAGCUGCCAAUGAGGGGGAAAUUCAACCUGGAAUCAGAAGAAUCUUGGGUUAUUGAAAACAUUCUGGAAAAGAUACACAGGAUCAGCCUGAGAAGCCUUAAAUCUUCCUGUCUCAGGUUUCUACAGUAAAUAACUAGGGGUCAGAGAUAGCUAUGGCUGAGAACAGGAUCAUUAUCUUCCUCUGGGAUCCACUGCAGGAAAAAGGUUCUAAAUCCAGCAAUUCUUAGCACAACUGCAGAAAUGACUGCAUGAGAACAGUGAUUUAACAUGUGAGCAUGUGGCUACAGCUUUAUUCUUGCCCCUCCAGCUUCUGCAGUGUAUUUUUACAGCCAUACCAAUUCCCUACUACCAUAAAGAACACUCCCCUGUGCCUGCCUCUGCUGUGUCUCCCUAAACCGUUCCUACCACUUCUCACCCAAGUUGUCUGUAGAAUAUCCUGCGUUUCCCCCUUUAAUUACUGGUUCUCCAUUUCUGCUUACAACUCCAGCCUAUGGUUCUUCCCUGGGAAUGUUCGAAUGCAGCGGUUCUCACAUUUUAGUGCACUUCAGAAUCACCUGGAAGGCAGGUUGCGACACAGAUGGUGGAGUGUCUCCCCCACAACCCCUGAUUCAGUACCUCUGGGGUAGGGCCUGAGAAUUUGUGUUUCU